AGAAACAGGGCAAGCGACUGAAGUGUGUGUGGCUGCAAUGUUUGUGGGUUAGAGGAGAAACAAGCGCUGAGUGGAGCGGAGAAGGGGGGUGGCUGGUGUGAUUUGUUUGGCGUUCGGAGCCAAUAGAAAGCCCGGGCUGUGCUAAUAUCCGCGUGCAGCGCCCAGCGCGGUCAGAGCGGAGUCUCGGCUCGGCUGGCAGCUGCAGGCGCCCGGCGGGGACCGCGGCGCGGGGCGCGCUCUCGCUGCGCUGCACACUCGGCCGCCGCGCGGCCCCCAUGGGCGUCUGCUGGGCUCCGGCUGCGGUCGCGCGGGAGGCGGCGGCGGGCCACCAAACUUAGACCCCGCCGCGGACGGUAGGACUCAGAGCCGGGAGCCGGCGAGGGAGAGACAGAGAGAGGAGGGACCGAGGAGGAGGCUUCCAUCACGUCUCUGCAGAAUGUUCUGGAAGCUUUCCCUGUCCUUGUUCCUGGUGGCCGUGCUGGUGAAGGUGGCGGAAGCCCGGAAGAACCGGCCGGCGGGCGCCAUCCCCUCGCCGUACAAGGACGGCAGCAGCAACAACUCGGAGAGAUGGCAGCACCAGAUCAAGGAGGUGCUGGCCUCCAGCCAGGAGGCGCUGGUGGUCACCGAGCGCAAGUACCUCAAGAGUGACUGGUGCAAGACGCAGCCGCUGCGGCAGACGGUGAGCGAGGAGGGCUGUCGCAGCCGCACGGUGCUCAACCGCUUCUGCUACGGCCAGUGCAACUCCUUCUACAUCCCGCGCCACGUGAAGAAGGAGGAGGAGUCCUUCCAGUCCUGCGCCUUCUGCAAGCCCCAGCGCGCCACCUCCGUCCUCGUGGAGCUCGAAUGCCCGGGCCUGGACCCCCCCUUCCGACACAAAAAAAUCCAGAAGGUCAAGCAGUGCCGGUGCAUGUCGGUGAACCUGAGCGACUCGGACAAGCAGUGAGCGCCCCGGCCGGGCGCAGCUCGCACUGCACGCGCCCCCGCCGCCGGGUCGCGCCGCCGCCGCCUUCGCUUCCUUCCUGUCCUCCGAGCCUGCUCAGGCGCAGCCUGGCCCCCCAGCCCAUCCCCCCGCCCCUCAGCGGCAAGCACCUCCCCUGGGCUGACGGUGUCGCUGUCAACAACGUGGACCGCACGUGGAGAUUUGCUGAUGUGUUUCUGACCGACCCCGGGCCCCACGGGGGCCUCCCAAAUCAGGUCGUGGAUCAGGCCCCGAAGGAAAAGGCUGGGGAAGCAGCACCGCCCGCCCCCCAGCCGUCGGAGAGGCAGAUGCGUGUAAAUCUGGCAGUGACGUUUCCACCGUGUGGAAAAGCGAGUGUUUACCUGGCAAUCCCCUACACUCCGGUGAAGCGAAGGGCCAAGAUGCUUCACUCUUGGGAGCUGUCCCCAAGCCUCUCCCAUUGGUCCCUAAACUUCUGUGAUCCGCCCACUACCUUCGGCAGCUGCUCUCAGGCAGCAGGGGACAACUCGCAGGAAAAUGUCCAUGGACCGUGGGGGAGGAGGGGUCUCCUUGCAAACCUGACACCAAGAAGACAACUUGAGCCACUUGGAUCCUCAAGUGGGCUUCCCUGGGGACCUUGCUAACUGCAGGCCACACCCUCCCCCACCCGAGCCACCAUCGCCCUUUCUUCCUCACCUUCCUCACCCUCCACCUACACAUUUGUGGACUAAAGAUGAACUCCGGUGUGCAUGCUCUUACCGCUGCAGUUAGAAUAUUACCACGCACACAGGUCUCUGUAUUAACGCUGGUUUUAUAAUUGACCUAUAUUGUAAAGAGCUGUUAAAGAAAAAAAAAAAGUAUUAUAGACCUAUCCAUAUAUUGUUUCACACGUUUUGACGCUGGCUUUGCAGCACAAUUCUGAGUUAGGAGGAAAGCAGGUCUGCCCAGAAGGUGUUUUUACUCAGCAAUAAGGCCUGGUCAGUAAUUCACUGUCAUGCAUCUAUUCUUGGAGUGGGAGAUUUUAGGAGCCGGAUUUUAGGUGGAAUAUUAUUUCACUGAAGGUACUAGAACAUUGCAGCACGAUGUAGGAAUUGGGUUGGGGCAAUAGGUACAGGAAGGUGAAUAGUUUGGGAAUUUGUUACUCCUAAACCCCAAAAGUCCCAUGCAGAUGUAUACGUGGGCUGAGAACGUACGCUAUUUUCACUGCCAUCCCAGUAAGCCAAAAAUACUUCCUGUUAAGAAAGAUAUUUAAAAAUAUAAGGAGUCAGAUCACUUUUGGUAUAGGAAAAAGAAAUAAAAUAUAUAGAAUAGUAAUUUAGUUGAGCAAUCCUGCAGAAAACACCUCUCCUCCUUUUCCAAGUACAGAUUUUAAUAAAGGUCACUUUUCACUUUUAUAACAAAUUCUUGACAUUUCCAUGUUGUGGACUCUUGAUAGAAAGAAGUAGAGAUAACUUAUUUUCCAGCAAAAUUAGGCUUUCUUUGGGUCCCUUUGCUCACAUGUCCUGGGAAGGCGUCCCUGUGAGUAGUGGUUCUGGAAUCUGACCAAUGUGAAUGUGAAUUCCUGGAGGGAGUCAGCAGACUGCAGAUUUUGCACUGGUGAUUCCCCAGCAAGGGCUCCUGGCAACAGGCUGGUUUCCUGGUACGUGACACAGACCUUCUGCGAGUGUCUCUGGGAACUGAAGCUUUUGACACUGGGCAGUGGCCGUGGAUCUAGGCUUGACCUAGAGAGCAAGAAUUGGGGAUGGGUGUGUUGGUGAAUCUUUUUCAGGCCGCUGCACGGCAAGGGUCUUUUCUGUCAUUUCUGUAAUAACCAUGAGACCGGAGCAGACUGUGCUAGGGUCCAGGGCAUCAGAGCUCUGUCAAUAGGUAAAUACAGCCUGAAAUCAGGAGGCAGAAGUGAAAAGAAAUCUUUGAGGGCUGGAACCUGGGAAUGGAGAGAAAAAGUGGGGAGGGUGUCCACGAUCAGAAGUGAUUUUUGCAUUCAGCAGAAACCCUCAAGGCAGACUCUGUGGCAGAACAAGACACAGGUGUGCUGAGAUAGAAGUGAAUUGACAUGAUCAUAGUCAGUAGGAGGUGAGUCAAGGGGAGUCUCCACCCCAACUGCAAAGCCAACCCCUGCCAUCUUAUUAAUACAGAACCCACAUAAAUAGGAGAAAGAUUAAGCUGAGAAUUUACAGAAUACGAACCUGAGCACAGUCUCUUUUAAACCCAAUCGUGGGUGUAGCAGUGAAAGCAUUAUGAGACGCUGCAGUGUGAAGCUCCUUCUGCGGGUUAUUGUAUGUACAAAGUUUACCUUGUAAUGGCUCAAAUCGUAUUUAAUUGUGUGUUUUUUUUUGUUCUGUUUAUAAAUGAAGGAAAGCUAUAAGUAUAAUGUAAUUAUUUUAUAGGUAUACUAUUAAAUUAUAGAACAAAUAAAGAUACUCUAGGCUUAUGAUGUGAUCCUGGUGUGACGUGCCCUAAAAGUGGAAUUCUGAUAGUGUUGUCAUGAGCGGUGAAGGAGCCCCAGGCUUUUGUCUGAUUAUGGUGAAUUCAACCCCUAUCCUGGGUCCGACCAUCUCCUUUGGGGAGACGGGGCCUGGCAUCUUCAAAGAGUUUCAGAAUUAGGUAUCCAAGGAGCAGAGGUGGUGGGUGUAGCUCUCAAGCUUGGGAUUGGGGAGCUUCCAAGCUACACAUCUCCCACCAGCGGAAGAUGGAAUAUUCUCACUGUGCUCUCUGAAUACGAAACCCGGAAAGAAGAGGCCUUGAGAAACUUCUGCAAAUCAAAGUCCACUGUUAUCCUCAUCUUCCCUUUCACAGCCAGUGUCUCUUCACAAGCUAGAACUUGUCUUUUGUUUUGUUCAUUUUCAUAUUUACUUCUCCCGGGAUUCCGCAUUUCUUAAUUUAAAUACUUUUUAGUUUCACAGUGACUCCGUUUUUCUACUAGUUGACUUACCUGCCAUUGAAGAAACUCAAUUAUCAAUAAAAAAUUAAAAAAAAAAAACCUUAAGAAAAUGGCACAUGGUUGAUUCACUGUGUGACUUCUAAGGAAUUAAAGUCAACUUUCUAAUAGAUAAUUCAUGUUAGUUUAUUAAAUGUGACAGGUUACUCCAUUGGGGAAUUCCAAUUCACUUAUUUCUAAACUUGGCUGACUGAUUUUUAAGUUCUAAAGGCAAUGGAAAUGAACUUUUACUGUUGCAUGAACAACACAGCAUGUAUGAAUUACUAGAAAGCGUACUGAAUGAUGAAUGUAGCACCACUGAUUAUUACUGUCUGCAUGAGACACAGCAGUGAGACCAAAUCAUAAACAAUGCAAUUAAAGCGUGUCGAUCACCGUG